UUUCGCUUGAAGUUCUAAGAUGGCUGAUCCGGACAGGUUCAGUUUGGCUGAGGUUCUGGAGUCUUUCAAAAAGUGCCUGACUGAUGAGGGAGAAAUCCUGCAGGAACAUUACUUAGAAGGAUGGAAAGGGCUGGUAAAAUUUAUGAGCAGUCUGGGAUCAGCAUUUUCCUUUAUUUCAAAUGAUGCUGUCACCAAAAUCCAAAUUCUGGAAGACUACAGAAGUGGUGUGAAUGGCCAAAAGUAUUUGACCAUUCAGUCGAUGGUAAAGUACGAGGUUGAUAACAAGCUCGUGGAUCUGACAAAGCAGGGUGACCACUGGGACUCUGGCUGCCGUACACUACUGCGGCUCCAUCGUGCCCUCAGGUGGCUGCAGCUCUUUCUGGAGAAACUGCGGGUAGCUUCUGACAAUAGCAAAACGUCUGUCCUUUGUACAGAGGCCUACCAGGAUGUCCUGGCCAAAUAUCAUCCCUGGAUAAUACGCAAAGCUGCAACUGUGGCCUUUUAUAUGCUGCCAAGCCGAGCAAACUUCUUUGAGGUUAUGAAUAUGGGCCCAACAGAAAAGGUGGUGGCUAUACUGGGAGAAGCACUGCCGGUCGUUGCAAAAACUUACGAAAUCACAGAAGACCUGUAUAGUCAACAUGGCUUGCUUGAUCUUCCGUAAUCCUGCACUUUGCACAAAAGACCCACUUGUUCUACAACGUUGUGUAUUUUAAUGGUGAUAUUUGCAAAUGCUGACUUCAGUAAUCAAAGAUGAUAAAAAUUACUUUAAUAUUAAUUAACCUGAUGAGUUGUUGGAUAUAGUGAGUCAGCACUCCCUUCACUGUCUAUAAAUUGCAUCUCCCCCCCACUAUUUUCUGUACCUCUCUAAAUGUGUUGACUGUUAUGAUUGAGGGUCUGAACAGCCUAAACCUUGUCCAAGUGUCCAUUCUUCAUGUCUGAAUGUGGGCAGAGUGUCUAUUUCACUGUGGUAUGUAUUAUAGUUGGCCUGAAUCUAUUGUCAGUGAUUUGAACACAUUUGUAUUUUCCAGUAUGGUGUCACUGGACAGUGAGCAGGAAUGCAAGUUGUGACUGACAUUGUUUAUUCCUGUUAAUCUUAUCAAAGGGCAGCAAGAUGGUGAGCCUAAAUAUAGGGUCCUGGCCAGAGGUAGCUCGCCCAGUCCAAGGCAAGGGUUGGGCUCCACCUUGUCCAAAAACCCGUGACACAACUCUACUUGUAUAUGAGAAAAUUGACCAAGAAUGAGUCACCUCUUAUGUUUCUUUUUACUUUCUAUCAAUCAGCAGAUUUGAAAGGCUUCCUUUCCACUUUCCAGUUAUGUUUAGUUUCUUAUCUUUUGAGCAAAUGAGAUCCAACUACAAUACACAUGAAGAUCCAAAAUGUUCUCCUUGCAGGAGGUGUCUGAUUUUGUGAAUGUCUGUAUUGUGUUUUUCAGAUCCUCUGUCCUCUGUCAGCUCUGUUCGGAUUUGCGUUUUUGUUAAUCUCAUUCUAAUGUGUGAAUAAAUUACACUGAGUAAAAGCUAUUGCAAGCGCAAGCAGCAAAACCAUCAGAUUACUAACAGUGGAAGAGACUCAUCCUGGUAUUAAUUAUGCAAGAAAUCAGAUUGAACUCAGAUUUUUUUUAAGUCUUAGUGGAAACAGACAGUAGUUUACAUUUUUGCACUUUUAAAUUUUGGUAUAUUUUUUAACUGUAUAAUUUGCAAGUUAGAAAAUGAAAAGGGAAUAUAUGUUAGUGCAAGAACAGUUUGAAGGCUUUCAAUGUUCUGGCCAAAGAUGUACUGUCACUUGCUGUUUUCCUUAUUGUCUUGGAUCAUGUGUUGGGUUGACAAAGCAGCAUUCCAUCCUGACCCCAGACAUUCUCAGGCAGAAAUCCAUGGUUCACAAUCACUACGCUUUUCCUUGUCUUUAUGGUCAUUCGGAUCAAUUUGAAUGUGUCAACUAAGGACAGCAAACAUUUGGAUUGAACAAAGGACUGUUGUGGUAUAUGGUUACGGGCAGUGCACGUAAUCAGCUGUGCAUUGGGGGAAUGAGUAAUCUUUGUGUAUACCCAUAUAGAACAUGAGUUCACUAUUACACUUUAACAGCACCAGGCUAUGACAAGGCUAGGGAAAUGGAAAUAUAUCAAUUCUACAGAUGCUGGAAACUGACAGUAUGGAAUUUGAGCAAAUGCAAGAUAAGAUCCACUAUGAUGCACCUUGUGGUCCCCAAAGCUGCUAUUUGUUGUCAAGACUGAUAUAUGAACACUUGAUGCUGUGCUAAUUUACCCCAGAAGAGCCAAUGCCUAAAGGACACUAGAGAAAAUAAAUAGAAAAACAUAAGUGUUAUUUCACAAUUAUGAUGGGCUUUAAUUCCAUGACAAGUACCAGAAGGUAAUCUUGAUGAUUACAUGCACUGAGAUCAAUAUUGUUAUUUUUAUUUUCCCUAAUUGUAUUUGAAUAUUAGCUUUAAUCAGCAUUAAUCUUUGAUAAAGAAAAAUCACCUUUUGAUUUUUUGUUUUUGGCUACCAUAUGUGAAUGGAUUUUACCUGCGUUUGGAAGAUUUUUAUUUUGUUAAUCCAGUUAUGAAUUUAUCUAAAUUUCACACACUAAUGUGAAUUUUGGACUUGAAACUAUCCAUCUUCCUCUUGAAUAUUGUGAGAAAUUUUUCAUGUUGAAUCUGUAAUCUAAAGUGAUUUGAUUUGAUAUAAAUUGAAUCUUUGGAAUUUGUCAUUAUGUUCAAUGUAUAAGAGGAUUAAAUUGUGCACAAUUUU